ACCAAAACCCCAAAAAACAAACCACAAAAAAACAACCAAACCUAAAAACUCCUUUGCUUUCUAAAUACUUUUUUAUUCUUCCUUGAAAUAUAAGCUUCCUUUUUGGUCUCAAGGAAAUUAAGGUGACUUUAGGGAGGGGAGAAGUCCAUGUGUAAUGCCUCUCUGUAUGAUUCUUCUUUCCAAUUAUUCCAGUUACUUGGAGUUUCAGGGAGAUACAACUAGGGCAUGAAAAUGCUCAGUGUUUUGUGCCUUAGUGGUUGCAACGUUGUGGCAUUGCCAAGUGUGUAUGCACACCAGUUAAAUUCUUGUUAGGGGUAAGUAGACAAUUUUGGUUUUGUGUAAUAAAACCAAAUAUAUACUUACAGUAACUUACUAUGAUAACAAAUGUGGUGUCUCUCAGGACGAUUCCAGAGGGCAUAGUCUUGUUGCCUGCAAUGUCAGUGUUCCAAUAGCUAUUUUUUUUUUCUUCAGAUUAACAACAAAGCAGCAACCGGCGAAGAAGUUCCACGAACUAUAAUUGUUACUACCCGUUCUCAGUAUGGCUUACCAGAGGAUGCUGUUGUAUAUUGUAACUUCAAUCAGCUGUAUAAGAUUGAUCCUUCCACUUUACAAAUGUGGGCUAAUAUCCUGAAAAGAGUUCCAAACAGUGUGCUGUGGCUGCUACGUUUCCCAGCUGUAGGAGAACCCAAUAUUCAGCAAUACGCACAAAACUUGGGUCUUUCCCAAAACCGAAUCAUCUUUUCUCCCGUUGCCCCAAAAGAAGAACAUGUGAGGAGAGGGCAAUUGGCUGAUGUUUGUCUAGACACUCCACUCUGCAAUGGGCACACAACUGGGAUGGAUGUGCUCUGGGCUGGGACUCCAAUGGUCACUAUGCCAGGCGAGACUCUUGCAUCACGAGUUGCUGCCUCCCAGCUUACUUGCCUGGGUUGUCUUGAGCUCAUUGCAAAAAGUAGACAAGAAUAUGAGGAUAUUGCUGUGAAACUGGGAACUGAUCUGGAAUACCUGAAAAAAAUCCGUGGCAAAGUCUGGAAGCAGAGAAUAUCCAGUCCUUUGUUCAACACAAAACAGUACACAGUGGACCUGGAGCGGCUUUAUCUUCAGAUGUGGGAUCACUAUGCUGCUGGCAACAAACCAGACCACAUGAUUAAGCCAGUAGAGGCCACUGAGUCUGCAUGAAGAGAGACGACUGUGUGCCCACCCAGAACUCUCCGGAACUGAGCCUCUCAGACACUUCUGCAGAGACAAUGAGCUAAAAAACUGUGCAUUUCUACUUAAUCUGCCUGGUACUCUGUGGCUGAAGUAAUACAUGAUGGUGAUUAAAGCACAGCCAAACUUAUUUCUUGCAUGAUAGGGAAAGACUCAAUAGAGCCUGGGAUCUUUUUAUUCCAUGAGGAAUUUGAAUGGGAUUGAGCCGUGUACAUGUGAGCCUGUGCGUAUGAGUGACGUAGUGGUUGCUGGGGGAAGUUCGAACUGCCCAAACAAUUACGAUUUCAUGGAUUGAUUUCAUCUUCCUAUGAAUCUCUCUCCUUUUAUGUGGAUUGGGAAUUGGAGCAUUUUAACAUUUGAUUUUGGGUACCCCUGUUGGUAUAUGUGUGAUUCUCCCAUGACAACAUUUCCAGCUAGCGAGUGUUGCUCCCUGCAUUAAUUUCUAAACUGUGUGGACUGAAAGGGCAUAUUUGCUGGUGUAGUCUUUUUUUAUAGGUUUUAUAAACCAUGUGAGCCUAUAUCAGCCUUUUAAUGUUUGACCUCUGUUUUGGAGCUCUCUGUAAUGCAUUGGUUUAGAUAAGGAUUUUGGGUUUUUUGGGUUUGUUUUUAAGCUCCCCCAAUAACUUAGUUAAUUGGCUUCAUGAUGGCAGCUCCUAUUCUGUUGAAAACACAAAUUUGAUUUGAAAUUAAUCCUCCCCACAAGUGUUUGAGGUAAACACAAACUGGUGCCAAAUACAGAUCUUUCAGGAAUGAUUGUUAAUUAUGUAGAGGCGCAGUCCUAGGUACUGUAGCAAAGACUUUAAACAAAAAUAAAGCUUUGGUUUGCCAGUUUGACUGAUUU